AUGGCAGACCGAGCGUGCUACAGCCGCGUGACCUUCCUCACCGCAGACGAUGUCAAGCGUCUUGAUGGUCCUUGUCCCAAAGGAAAUCUAGCGCGGAGACCCAAACCUGCCAAGUAUGUCAAGAUGAUCAAACAGUUGGCUGAUGCAGUGGAGAAGGCACCUUUCCAGAUGAGAGCUGCUGCUGAGUAUUUGCGAGGUUGGGUAGAAGAAAGUCAACGAUUGGCCCCCUCCCUUGACAUUUCCUUCAUGUCUACAUCUGUGCCUGACAUCAUCACUCCAGCUCUCAGUGGAUCGCCUCGGCCAGACGCUCUGAGCGACAGCGAUGUGGAAGAACCUCCAGUGGUGCGACUCAAGACCGGGUGGGAGGAUUCUAGCAAGUUGAGUGACAGUGGAAGUGAUGAUGGCGCUGAGCUCACUCUCACAUGGCAAGAGCCUGACCCGGUGAAUGAUGUUUUGGCGGAGAUGCCAGGUCUACGAGUGGCAGGAAGGGACAUGCCAGUCAGGAUGGCUGAAGUCUUCGCUGGGUGUGGUGCUCUUUCCAAAGAAAUGAGUCGCCGAGGCUUUGUGACAAAGGCUGUUGACUUCCUUCUUGGUGGGCCCGAACAUGACAUGUCAAACGAUGGUGUUUGCCAAACCCUGGGGGAUGAGUUCUUGAAGUACACCUAUGUGCACUUUGCCCCGCCUUGCAACACCUUCAGCGCAGCCCGCUAUCCCAAGCUCAGGACCAAGCAGUACCCCCUGGGUCUUCCAGAACAUCAAGAUGAUCCACAACUGCGCUUGGCCAACAAGAUUAUUGAGAACAUGAGCAAGAUGGCUAAGCGCCUUGCAGACAACUAUGUUAUUGUGAGUAUUGAGAAUCCCCGUUCCAGUGUCCUUUGGCAUCACCCAAAGAUUGUGGCGCUUCAAGCUCAGGCCAGAGCCCAUGGGUUCUGGGACACCGUGGACUUGGACUACUGCCAGUUUGGGAUGGAGUACAAGAAGGCUACACGACUGCUGACGGUUCAGCACAACAGAUUCCCAGAAGAAGAGGGCCCUUCAUUCCUGUCCUGCUUGGCAAAGAACGUCUGCAAGACCAUCUCCAAGAUGGGCAAGAGGGCCAGUGGUGGUGGGGGCAACGUCUCAGCUCGGUCUGCAAAAAAGGCCAAGUCUGAGGAUGGCAUUGGGGAACUAGUGGACAAGGAACGAGACACCAUUGCCCAUUUGCCGUGGUGGGAUGAUGUCAUGAAGUCUCUAGAUGAGAUGAUGGUCUCACAUGAUGGCCUUCCCAACUUCUUCAUGGCUCGAUUCCCUGACUUGGACUCCAGAAAGGAAUUUGCUCAGGAACUUUCCCAAGCUUUUCCACUACCAGACGGUGAAUGCCUAAGCAAUGACUUCACUCCUGGUAUCAAGACAUGGGCCAUUUGGCAGGGGUGCUUCCACAUCCAAGGUGGGAACAAGGGGGUCGUGAUAUCAGAGUACAUGAAGAACUUGGUGAUGCUCAUCCUCACCCAGGGGUGCAAGACUGAUGCUACUCGAACACCUGGGGUGGAAUUCCCAGUUCUCCAGCCCCUCGUGCCUGCAUACUUUGAAGUGGAAUGGAAAACAGCGUCCAUAGUCCCAAAAACCUAUGAGUGCCAGGGGUUGGCCUUCACCAAGGGUUGGACUAGAUCGCUUGGCUUCCUCACCGCUGCCUACCUCAUCUUAAAGCAUGAGCUGGUGGAGUUCUACCAGAAGAGCCUGCCCAACCAGUACCGGAGCUUCUGUGUGUUGAAGGGUUUGGUCCCAGAGAAUGCACGUUCAGAGCUUGACUGCAUCACCGCCAAUCGUGAUCUUACCAUGGCAUCCGUUCAGACCCGCUCGAAGCCAAAUGCUUUUAAUGCUUUGCACCAGCUCCAGCGACGGCUCAAGCAUGGAGAGACUGUGGAGCAAGUGAUUGGACACAUGGAGACUGGAAAGAGUCUGAAGAGCAUCUUUGGUCUUUCAGGAGCUGAGGGAGCAGCUGUGUUCAACCUGGUGCACCACCUGCCAACUGCGUGCAAAAACAUUUAUGAGCGUGGAGUGGCUGAGUUUGGGAUUGUGAAGGGGCCUAUCACCCAUGCUGGUUUAGGCUGUCAUGCCAUGCGAGUCAACUUUGCACCAGACUUGAUUGCAAGUGACUGGUCGGCCAAUAUGAAGAACACCCAGUCUUCUUUGCUCCUGGUGGCUGAGCGAAUUGUUGGGGAUUUCAAGGCGUUGCCACCUGGUCUUCGUAAGUCUGCGGGGGCUCCGGAAGUGCAGCGAUUGACUCGCAUUGCUCGUGCUUGGGAGAUUUGCCUCAACAAGUUCAGCGGGCUUGUGCCGCACAAGACCAUGGUUGAAGAGCUCCCAAUCUUGAAGGACAUGUUUGCGAAGCGGGUCUUUGAUGACUGGCUCCACAACCUCACAGAAGAGUGUCCUGCAGAGAUCAACUUGGGGAGCGUGCCUGAGUUCCACAAGGUUCUGUGCAAGCACCAAAGCUCGAUUGAGAAGGAAGCAGUGGAGCGGGCGAAGAGCUUGCAGCUGCAGGUCCAGACCGCCACUUUCCAAAAGAUGGAGGAUGACCUGGAGCGAGACACGAAGGCCUUGAAAGAAUGGUCUGCGCAAGAGCUUCAGAGGAAGCAAAGCUGGAAUUCUAUCGUGCUGACUCACAAGCGGCGUCGCUAUGUGAAGGGGCUGGCGGCUGUCCGAGACUUUGCUUCUACUUCCUUGCGGGUGAAGACUGUGGAGGUCCCUGCGUUGGAGAUGGAGAUUGCUUCCUUUCGCAGCAGUGCUGACACAGUGCACAGUGUGCCUCUGGAGAAGAGGUUGCUUCUGAUGGUCUUGGACUUCACUGCGCCCCCAAGUCUGAGUGAGAUUGAUGCUUUGGUCCAAGCUGGACGCAAUGUCUUGCACCAGGAUAUCAGGAACGCCAUGCUGGUUCUCUUCCCUCAGAAGUAUUCAGGGCAAAGCUCCAAGGCCAAUCUGGCUGCAGCCAGGCGCAUUGAGGACAUGCUGCUGAAGUGCAACGCCAACAUUGAUUGUGACAUUGCUCUCCACUACACUGUUGAGGGUAUGCACGCCAAUGAUCGUCGCCAGCUUGGAGCGCGUGCUCGGCUUGUGUACUCAGAUUCACUUGCAGGCGAUUCCCCAUGGAUGAAUGGACUGGGUGCCCGUGGGAAAGUUUCUGAGAUCCCACUCAUCCGCAUCAAGGAGAUGAAGCGGCUUUGCCAGCCUGGUGCGGUUGGUGACAUUGUUGAGUCUUGGAACCUAUCACCAGCUGAACGUGUUCAGCAGAAGGGGCCAAAAGCUGUUCUCAAGAUUGUGCAAGUCCUUUUGGAUGGCAUGACUGGCUUGGGACCUGACCAUCGCCUUGAUCUAGUGGAGCUCCAACUGGGAGGUGUCCCUGAUUGGGUUGAGGGCAGCUGGCAGAUGAAGUCCACGUGGGCAAGUCAGCCUGACAAGCCACAAGUUGCCUAUGGAGGCUUCUGCCGGGACAUGGCGAUCUACAAGAGCAUUCAGGGGCAUUUGGAAGCCACUCUCAUGCAGGAGUGGUGGGAAUUGCAACAUGUAGCUGGGCCCCCAGAACCCACUGACAGCGCUCCAGUGGACAAACCGGUAUUGAGCUUGGCAAGUUGGGAUGGGGAAUCGCCAUCUCUCUCUGACAUUGUGCUCUCCAAGUUUGACAACGAUGAAACAUACUCCUCAAAGUGGAACGCCAAAGUUUCUGAGUUCAGGGAAUUUGUGGCGUCCACGGUGGCACCUUUGCUGGAGGCAUCUGUGUCUAGUGACACGGGAGGAGCCACGCCUAAAGGAGGGAGCGGCGGGCCUGACAUGUCGGUUGCUCCCUAUGUGCCUUGCACUCCUGAAGUGACCUUGCCUGCUAUUCCCAUAUCGGAGAUGAGGCUCUUCACCGUGAAGGCUGUGCCCAAGCUUCCCGCUCUCCACAUCAUGAAAGACUACACAGUGUUCAUGUCGUUGGAUAUGGAUGGCGUUCACAAGAACACUUCAACGCUUUCCAUUGGGCCAUGUGAACUUCUGGGCUUCAACAUUGGUGAUAUUCAAUCAUCAGAUGCCACUGUGGACUUGGAGAAUGUCAUCCAGUGGAAGUGUUCAUCGGAUGUGGAAAAGGUUGCUGUCCAACUGGACGACCCGUCUUCUACCAGGGAACUCAUGACUAUAGCCGAGGUGCGCUUCAAGGCCUUCCAGAAGAAUCUUCCAGACCUUGGAGAUGGAGUGGAGGUGGAAGCCUUCAUGCGCUGCACGAUCCAGCCAAAGCUUGAUGGCAAUGUCAUCUACACACCCCAGGCAUUGAGUGAUUCCCAGCUAGCGGGAGGUGUUCUGAAACGUGCAGCAGCAGGUGCUGCCUUUCUUGGGAGGUUGAGCAAGCUGACCUCUCUGAAAUCCACCAAAAUGGUAUGGGAUAGUGUUCUGAAAUCUGAACCCCCGGCGACCUUGAGGCCAACAAAGCCCAAGUUCUAUCUCAUGAAAAGUAUCACCUUGGAGCCUGGUCUAUUUUACCAGCUGAAAUGA